AGCAACUGGGCCGAGCCAUCUCCCGCGCGAGGGCUUUUGCAAACAGCAUAUCUGAAACACGAUCUCUGAUAUAUCAGUUGGUGUGCAAGUUCAUUCUCAACAAUGCAAUUUAAACUCUCGAUUGCUCUUGUCGCUGCCCUGGCAGCCCUCAGCGAGGCAUCUCCAUACCGUCUUCACCCUCGUCGCAAAGCCGUCUCCCCUCGUCGGGUCGACUUCGUGACUAUGACCCCCAGUUCUCCAUAUCCUACCGGAACCAUAACCGAUAUUCCCACUGAUGUGCCACCAACUGGCAUUCCCACUGAGUGGCCUCCAACUGGUAUUCCCACUGAGUGGCCUCCAACUGGUAUUCCCACUGAGUGGCCUCCCACUGAGUGGCCUACUGGGUGGCCUACUGGGUGGCCUACUGGAAUUCCCACCGAACUGCCGACUUGGUUCCCAUCUAAAGACGUGCCUAUGGAAACUCUCACUUUCACAUACACACUCGGCAAGAAACCAUCUCAGAGCGUGGUGACCAAGACCAUUACUCGCCCAGCUGUCGCGGAACCCAGCGAGGGGUAAAUCUGCACCUAUCAUGUGCAUGAACGGAUUGGUCUUAUGGAAGGAUAAGAAAAAAGCCUUUACGAAACCCCUGCUUUGUGCUUGUUUUGUUUCUCUAGAUUUGGAGGCUGGGAUCAGAUGAAAGCGGGAGAACCUAAGUCCCAACUUUCUCUCCAUCAAAAAUACCGACUUGAUGUCGAGACCCAACUCCUGGGCAUCCGUUACAAUUUUUUAGUUCAAUUCUUUCUGCGUACUUGUAUUGGGGGCAAGUUUCGGCCGAUUUUAGCCUCGCAAACUUUUAUUUGGGAGCUUGAUAUCCAUUUUUCAAUUUUAGGUGUAAUGU